AUGGCAAGCAAUCAAUCAACACGUUCAACUGCCUUUCCCGGGCUCGGGCGCAUAGACGUUCAUCAUCAUUGUUUUCCAGCCACAGUGUCCGAGGUCGCACCCGAAUUUGCCACAGAGGGCAGUAAUCUCUUCGGCGUGGGCUUCACAGGCAAAUUUCCAGAGGAUGCUCAAGCGCACUUGAAAUACAUGGAUGAAGUUGGUAUUCAGACUGCGGUGGUUGUAGGUCAGAUUGAUUUCUGGUGUCCAACCCUUCGCUUACUUGUGGGAACCCAGACUCCGUCCAUUAAGAAUGAAUGGCAUCAGGACUUCUCCAAGGAAAGGCUUGUUGAUCUUUGUGAGAGGUCGCUGAGAGCUCAGCUCGACUAUGUCGCCUCGAAUCCAUUGAGAUUUGGUUGCUUCGCUCUCUUGCCUCUACCACAUAUCCCGGAAACCAUCGAUUUCAUCAGGAAGGCGUCUCAGCAAUCGACUCAGCCCGAUGGUUGGGGCAUUAGCACUCAGAUUGGGCAUCACUAUCUCGGAAAUCCUCGAUUUGAUCCCGUCUGGGAAGAACUGAACAAGACGAGUUCGGUCGUUUUCGUGCAUCCCGCAGACUCGGAUCGACCACCGACACUCUCAUUCGGCCCUUUCGUGCAAGAAUUCGCGUUCGACACCUGUCGCGCCAUCACCGAUGUGAUCCACGCUGGGAUCUUUGUCCGUUAUCCCAAGAUCCGAUUCAUCUUUUCGCACAAUGGCGGUGCUUUUCCCUUUCUCGCCGAUCGAAUUGGCGCCCAGCACAUCGACGAGGUGAUCGCCAAGAACAAUGGGGGACUUCGACUGCGAGAUCUUGUGUCACAAAGCAAUCUUUACCUGGACUCGGCCAUCAGCAGUGCUAUGCAGUAUCCGGUGCUCAAAGAGCUGGGGAUCCCCACAGAACAUCUGCUAUAUGCCACUGAUUUUCCUUACACUGUGCGGCUGGACACCACUUCCUCAUACAAAGCGGGCUAUGAUUCGCCCAAGAACUCGGGAUUGUUUGACGAACAGGCAUUAGAGGACAUUGUGCGGAAUAAUGCGUUGAAAUUGUUUCCCCGUCUGGCAGCAGAAUACGAAAAAUUGCCGCUCCGUUCCUAA